AAUGUUAAGAAGGUGGUGUUUGUGCCAUAUGCUCUCACGGAUCGUGAUUGGUAUACAGAUAUAGCUCGUAAGAGGUUCGCAGAGCUUGGUUAUGAAGUACAAAGUGUGCAUGAAUGCAGUAGCCCAGUGGAGGCAGUGGAGCAGGCAGAAGCCAUUUUCAUAGGUGGAGGCAAUACGUUUCGACUGUUGAAGACACUGUAUGAUGAGAAGCUUGUAGAGCCAAUAAGAACCCAAGUGUUGAAGCACAGCAUUCCCUACAUCGGCUCGAGCGCCGGCACGAACGUCGCUACGGCGACAAUCAACACGACCAACGACAUGCCAAUCACCUGCCCACCGACGUUCGAAGCACUGGCCCUCAUCCCGUUCAACAUCAACCCGCACUACAUCGACUCCGAUCCGAGCAGCAAGCACAUGGGCGAGACACGUGAAAAGAGGAUAAUGGAGUACCAUGAGGAAGCACAUUGCAGACCUGUGCUGGCGCUGAGGGAGGGGUCAAUUCUGUGGGUGGAGGGCAACAAGACCACCCUCUUGGGUGGUCUGUCUGCACGUCUUUUUAGAAAAGGUGAGCUGCCGGCUGAGUAUUCACCAGGAGAUGACCUUAGCUUCCUACUGACUGCAGGUCUUUAACUACAGCAUCCAUGGUAAUACGACCGAAUAGUUGACAUGCUUUUACAGGCAUCAACUGACAACACGUUGGGAGUUAAUACUGUUGAUUACUGUUCUUGUAAUUUCAUUUAAUUUGGCAAUUGAAAUGUGUGUAUGUCUAUUAAUCGUAGAUGUCACGAUAUAUUAUGGUUAGGCUCUUGAUUAUUCUUCUCUCAAUUCUAUAAAGUUUUAUGAUUGGAAGGUGCAACUGUAUAUUAACAAGAGCUAAUAAUACCUAGAGUGUACAACGGAAAAACGGGAAAAUAGUGCUAUUUCACGACAACAUUAUUC